UAAUGUGAAUUAUAUUUACUUAGUGACGUGUUAGCUCUUAUCAUUCAUCAUAUCAGUAAAAACUAUUAUAUUUAUAUAGCAAAGAACAAUAACGUGAUAGUAGUGGGAACAGACAGACAGACUUAUUGUCUUGUGCGAGAAAGUUCAAUAUUUAUAUGUUAUUUAUUAUAAUAAAUAAUGUCUACAGAGAGUGGAAUAGCCCCAUCGAAAGAUGAGACGAAAACAAAGGACUCUAUGGAAAUAUUGGAAGAGGCAUUAGUUGUGUGCGGAUUUGGAAAAUUUAACAUAGUUCUACUAGCUGCUACACUAUGUACGGGGUUUGCGGCUAUGAUCAUAACAACUACUUCAGCGUACAUCUUGCCAAUAGCUGAAUGUGAUCUAAAGAUGGACAUAAUGCAGAAGGGGCUUCUAAAUGCUAUACCAUUCUUUGGUCAAGUUGGAGCAUCUUUGUUCACUGGUUUCGUAUUGGAUGUGUUUGGGAGACGGGUAUUUUUGAUAGGGGGAAACUUCGCUUUGUUCAUCUUGACUAUCCUGGAAGGAUCCUCCCAAAACUACUGGAUGUUGGUCGUCGUGAAACUUAUUCAAGGAAUACCCUUGAGUUUUUGUUUCACGGCUGUUACCCCAAUGCUGACUGAGAUGACAAGUAUGAAGAUACGAGACAGAAUAGUGCUAAUGAAUGCUUGUUUUGUCUCACUUUCGUUAAUAGUAGCAGCUCUGAUGUCAUGGGCGAUGCUACCUCUACAAAUUGACAUCGUCAUAUGGAAGGGCUACUUUGAAUUACACGCUUGGAAUGUUUAUUUGUAUACUUGUUCGGUUUGGAGUCUAAUGGGGGGUAUAUUGUUUUACAUUCUGCCUGAGAGUCCAAAAUAUCUGUUGUCACAUGGACAAGAAAAUGAGGCGUUGGUUGUUUUGAAAAAUAUUUACAGAAUAAACACUGGCAAAGAUGAAGACACUUUUCCGAUUAAAUCAUUAAACCAGAAAAACACAUACAGCGAAACGGUGAAAAGAAGUCUUAAAGAACAACUGGUACGCGCAACCCACGACAUAAAGGAACUGUAUCGACAACCGCUACUGUGUAGACUUAUAUUGUUCACAUUUAUAGGUUUUGUAUGUUUAUGGAAUUACACGUCUCUAAGACUGUGGUUUCCUCAACUUUCAACGAUCGUUGAAGACUAUCACAGAGAACACAAUGAUUCCGCUGACUUUUGCUACAUGAUCAAUAAUUAUAAAGCAGAUUCCAUAGAGGGUCCAAUUUCUAGAAACAUCACAGAACCUACUAUUUGUGUCCCGAAAAUCAGUGGUCCCGAAACUUACAUCAAUGGAAUUCUGAUGGGGGUUAUAUUUUUAAUCUUUGUGUGUAUCAGUGCUUGUGUCAUUGAUCGAGUUGGACAAAAGGUGUUGAUGGUCAUCACCCUUACUGCAGCUUGUGCUUGCUCUUCAUCAAUAUAUUGGGCAAACACUUCUAUACAAAUUGCCUUUCUGAUUUCAACCACGUGCGCCUUGAUGCAAACCUUCCUGAGUUUGCUUCAAAACGUUUUGAUUAGAGUAUUCCCAACGACUGUAAGGGCUCUUGCAACAUCUAUGUUUAUGAUGAUCGGUCGAUUGGGAUCGUUGUUAGGAAGUAUAUUAUUUCCAGUAUUAUUAGAAGUUGGAUGUAUGGCCCCAUUUUUGUCGUUAUCCAUUGUUUGUAUAUGUGUCACCUGUCUUAUUUACUUUCUGCCGGAUCCAAAUAAAGAGAAUAAUGGCGCUGGUGAUAAUUAGCUCUCAAUUUGUGAUAAAGUAGAUAGCUAGAUAAUGAUAUUAGUUUGAAUCUUACUCAGAAUGAAAUAUCUGAUACUGAAAUAGAAACAAACAGUAAAGGUGAUUACACUUGAAA